UAUAACCAGUGCAUUGCUACAUUGCAGUAUUUAAUGCAUUGUAAAUUAUUUUCAUAAAGAUAUUUUUUCAUAUGAUGUACUAGAAUAAGUGUUUUAAUUAAGAUAAAAAUAAAUUGAAGAAUAAUGAAAUAUACGUUUUUAAUGUUACCUAUUGUGACAAUAUUUUGUGGGCAUUCUGAUAGAAAUGAUACAAAUGUGUUCAUUGCGUAUGGCAGUCAUAGUGAUGCUGAAGCAAAGGUUAUACCGAAAACGGUCAUUGAAACUGGAAGCACCAAACAUGAACCAAUUACGACAAUAAUGUAUGACGAACCAGUAGAAGAUGUUGUAUUUGUACCGAAUGAUAAACCCGUGUUUCGUAAUGAGGACAUGUUUGAUAAUGUCAGAAUAAGCGACGUUAUCGAUAAAACAAAAACUAGUGACUUAAUGCGAAAUAGAAAUAUUAAAAUGGCAGAUACGGAAUCACCUCUUGGAGAAAUUUUGUUUAUAUCUGGGCGAAACAACGAGAACGUUGAAAAACCUUUAGCGUUCGAAAAAAAAACGGAGUUAAAUAAAAACUCUGAAAUAAUAAGAACAAGUCGGAAGAAAACUUCGAAUAAAAAAUUAAAUUGCAAGAAUCUUGAUUGCAAUAGUACAGUUUCGUCUGUUUGUGGAGGCAAAGAAGAAAAUAAGCAAUGGAAGUAUCGAUUAUUCCUCAAUGAUUGUUUCUUUAGAAAGGUUAAUUGUGGAUUCCAAAAUGAAAUAAAUAGAUACUCAGUAGUUUCUAUGGAUUACUGCAAAGGUAUUGCACGGCAUGGUUCUAGAGUCCCCAUACCAAUGUACAUGCCAGGUCCGAGACUAAAAGACAAGAACAUUGAUACAAGACGAAGUAUUGUUUCUAGAAGGUCUUUGACCAAGAGUGUAGAAGGUCGUAAUUGUGACCAUGAAUGUCCUGCCUCCUGUACUGAUGAUUACAAGCCCCAAUGCGCUAUAAAUGCUGCCGGUGCAAAAAAGGUAUUUCUGAACCACUGUCAACUAGAUUUGAAUUCCUGUUCGCAUAAACUUGCUUGGCAUCUUAGACCGCUAUCAGAAUGCGUGGGUGGACGCAAAGCUGAUAUGACACAAAACAGAGGCUUCAUCGGUUGGAUGCAGCGUGUUGGCAUAGUCGAUAAGAAAGGCAAAUUAGUUUUAACAUAGUGAAGUGAAUGUGUUGGAAGAAAGUAGUGUAAACCUGAUAAUAGAGAACAGUGAAUAUUAGUUUAUAGCAAAUAUAAGCAAACCAAUAUAACAUCGAGAGCAGUUUCGUUUAAAAUCAAUAUAUAUAUUUAUAUAAAUGUAGAUUUUGGUAGUUCCUACUUUUUGGAUAUAAAAAUUUUAUGAAAUAAUAUCGGUUGAAGUAUAUUUUACUCAACAAAUCUUAACAAGAAGUGUUAUUUCAAUAAACAACCCACACCAAGCUACAAUAACAAUACUCUCUUGGAUAGGAUCAACAAUGAAUACAAUAUAUUAAGAAUUGUUAGAAAACUAACGUAGUUUACCUACUUCUAUAUACUGUUCGUAUAGUUGUCGGGAGGCGUAAAUUCCUCCUGUUUUAUGAAAUUCCAAAGUAAUAAAGUGAAAUAUUAAAGUCUAUUAUUAUUAUGUGCAAUAUUUACCAUAUCCCAAAAGACAUACAAAUGAAUAAUAAUUUUAUUUUUAAAUAACUUUCAACCUCUCUGAAUUAGAACUCAUCUUAACUAGCCGAACGAAAAUGAUUUUAAAUAACGUUUUAACUAAAAGCUUGAUAACAAUAAGAAUUUAUAAAGCCUUGAAUAUCGUUUAAAUGUUAGAUGAAAAUAUAAUUAAAACUGCAUUUACGUAUAGCCAUGGGUCGAUACUUCUGGUAUCGAGUUGAAGUAAAUUAGAGUUUAAAUUGAAAUUUGAAUAGAUUUACGAUCUAAUCUAACAUUCCUGAACCAGGGGUUAGCUUUGUUGGUGCGCCAGUAAAUUCUAAAUUGCAAUAAAGUUGAUUCACAAGAUGCUUGACCUCUUAUUGGAAGUCGAAAUUUCGUUUAAGCUUAUUGAUUUUUGAAAUAACGCACUAAAAGUCAAAUAUAAAAGUUAUCGGAGUAUACUUUUAUAUUGGUGAAAUAUAUAUGUG